ACCAAGCUCAGAAACAACUCGGCCAUGGCAAUGGGGGUCUUGAGCUUGCUGCCGUCACUCAUGGCCGUCCUGAUGAUCCCCAUGGUGAGCGGCAGCGAUGAGGCCGCGCUGCUGGCUUUCAAAGCACAGAUCAUCGACGGCGGCUCUGGAACGCUGGCCUCAUGGAACAGCAGCUCCAGCUUCUGCAGCUGGGAGGGCGUGACCUGCAGCCGCCGCCGGCCAACACGGGUGGUGGUGGCGUUGAACUUGUACAGCUGCGGGCUAAGCGGAGUGCUCUCCCCAGCUAUUGGCAAUCUGACUUUCCUGCAGACGCUCAACCUGAGCUCCAAUGGGCUGUACGGCGAGAUCCCGGCAAGCCUCGGUCGCCUCCGGCGUCUCCAGACACUUGUCCUGAGCGACAACUCAUUAUCCGGCAAGUUCCCUGCCAAUCUCAGCUCCUGCAUCAGCAUGACCGUCAUGGUGCUACACGACAACAAGCUUGGCGGUCGUAUUCCGGCCGAGCUCGGAGAGAGGAUGACGUCCCUGGAAGCAAUCUCCUUGAGCAACAACAGCCUCACAGGACCCAUCCCGGCAUCACUGACCAAUCUGUCUCGUCUAGAGUACCUCAGUCUGGCCAGCAACCAGCUCCACGGCUCAAUACCACCAGGGCUCGGCAGCAUCCAGAGCAUGUUAUUCCUCGAUCUCUAUGCAAACAACCUCUCCGGUGAGAUUCCACUCUCCAUAUACAACUUGUCUUCGCUGAUCAGCUUUCAGGUAGGGGGCAAUCAGCUGCAUGGAAGCAUUCCUGCUGAUAUUGGCAACAAAUUUCCCGGCAUGCAAACCCUUAACCUGAACAACAACCACUUCACCGGCAUAAUCCCUUCUUCAGUAUCCAAUCUCUCCGAUAUCAAAACACUUCUUCUCGAUGGAAAUAGAUUGAGCGGUUAUGUGCCUGCCACUUUGGGGAGGUUGCAAGCUCUGCAGCUGUUGUACCUUAGUGUAAACAUGCUUGAAGCAAAUGACAAGGUGGGAUGGGAAUUCAUCAGUUCUUUGGUGAACUGCAGCCAGCUGCAGCAUUUAGUACUCAGCCACAACUCCUUCAGAGGACACCUGCCAGGUUCAAUUGCAAACCUUUCAAGUACUCUCCAGAAGUUAUACUUGAAUGACAAUAAGAUCUCUGGGAGUAUCCCUGCAGAAAUUGGGAAUCUUGUCGGCCUCAACUCACUGGUAAUACUGAAUACUUCAAUGUCAGGAGUGAUUCCAGAGAGCAUAGUGAAACUAGAAAACUUGGUUGAACUUGCCCUCUAUAGUAGUGGCUUGUCAGGCCUCAUACCACCAUCUAUUGGAAAUCUCACAAAGCUAACCAGUUUCCUUGCAUAUGACAACAACCUGGAAGGACCAAUCCCAGAAAGUCUUGGAAACCUGAAGAAUCUAUAUACUCUUGAUCUGUCGAAAAAUUACUACCUAAAUGGUUCAAUACCCAAGGAAAUUUUGAAGCUUCCUUCGCUUUCAUAUUACUUAGAUUUAUCAUACAAUUCUCUUUCAGGACCCCUUCCAUCAGAAGUUGGUAUCAUGACCAACCUCAACCAAUUGAUCCUGUCAGGUAACCAGUUGUCUGGCCAAAUACCUCACAGCAUCGGAAAUUGCAUCGUUUUUGAAAAACUGUUACUGGAUAAGAACUCGUUUGAAGGAAGCAUACCUCAAUCUCUGAGAAACAUUAAAGGACUUAUUGUAUUGAAUCUGACCAUGAACAAUUUGUCUGGUGGGAUCCCUGAUGCCAUCGGUAACAUUGGAGCUCUGCAACAGCUGUACCUAGCACACAACAACUUGUCAGGGCCAAUCCCAGAAAUUCUACAGAAUUUGACAUCACUGUCUAUAUUGGAUAUAUCUUUCAAUAACCUGCAAGGCAAGGUGCCAGAUGGAGGUGCAUUCAGAAACCUAUCUUACAAAUCAGUCGCUGGGAAUACUGAGUUGUGCAGUGGAGCACCUCAACUUCACUUGGCACCUUGCUCCACAAGACCUACAAGAAAGGGCAGAAAAAAGAAGUUUAAGUCCCUUAUAAUUUCUCUGACAACAACUGUAACUGUCUCAUUGUCAGUUUCAAUUAUUCUUCUUGUUUGGAUGCUCCGCAAAAAGCUCAAACAAAAGCAGAAAGAAAGAGCACAAUCUCCAAUUGCUGGUGAGAAAUUUGAACGAAUUCCAUACCUUGCAUUAUCCAAAGGAACCGAUGGGUUUUCAGAAUCAAACUUGCUAGGAAGUGGAAGAUAUGGUACUGUUUAUAAGUGUGUUCUUGACAAUGAGGAUAAACCCUUGGCUGUCAAGGUCUUCAACAUUUGUCAGUCUGGAUCUUCCAAGAGUUUCGAGGUGGAAUGUGAGGCCAUGAGAAGGAUACGACACCGUCGUCUCAUAAAGAUCAUUACUUGUUGCUCGAGCAUUGAUUUGCAAGGUCAAGAGUUCAAGGCAUUGGUUUUCGAGUUUAUGCCUAAUGGUAGCCUAGAUGUUUGGCUUCAUCCAAAAAUUCAUAAAUCCAGUACAAGUAACACACUCAACCUUGACCAGAGGCUUGAUAUCGCUGCUGAUAUCAUUGCUGCAGUAGAAUAUCUUCACAAUAGCUGUCAACCACCAGUAAUCCAUUGCGAUCUUAAGCCAAGCAACAUCCUUCUUGCUGAAGACAUGAGUGCCCGAGUUGGAGACUUUGGCAUAUCAAAAUUUCUACCAGAAAAUGCAAGCAAGAGGAUGCAAAACUCAUAUAGCACAACCGGAAUAAGAGGUUCCAUUGGCUAUGUUGCUCCAGAGUAUGGUGAGGGAUCCGCAAUCACGUCGUCUGGUGAUAUCUAUAGUCUUGGCAUAUUGCUGCUUGAGAUUUUUACUGGAAGGAGCCCCACAGAUGACAUGUUCAGAGAUUCACUAGGUCUGCAUAAGUUUAUCGAGGAUGCUCUUCCUGAUAAAGCCUUGGAGAUGGUGGACUCAACAAUCUGGCUGCACGAAGAACCAAAGGAUAACAUUACAAGAAGUAGAGUCCAAGAGUGCUUGAUUUCUGUCUUCAGGCUGGGCCUGUCCUGCUCGAAGCAACAGCCUCGAGAGCGACCAUCAAUAAGAGAUGUAGCAUUAGAGAUGCAUGCAAUCCGAGAUGCAUUCCUAAUGUUUGGCAGUUAACUUCCAGGGAAAUAUGAGACAGAAAGAGCAUCCUCCAAUAAUCAGACAUCCAGAGUGGCUCUGACCAAGAAGCUCGUUGAAAUGAUCCUGAUAUUGAAAAAAAAAUCCAAAUUGCUGUUUCAGUUAAAAAGUUUUCCCUGAGCUAUACAUAUUUCUUUGUGUAAUGGUGCCGAUUAUUGGUGUAAACCUUGUAGCCUGGCUAUUCUUUUUUGAGUGAAUUCUACUAUGGCAAAAUAGGCAUUUUGGUCCCUUAACUUUGAUCUGAGGGUCAAGUUCAUCCCUCAACUUUUAGAUUGGCCAA